UACCGAACAUUUUACGUUUGUAAAUACAAAAACCGAAGUUACCUCGAUCGCUCUCUCGUUUUAUUCUGGCCUUUUUGCGUAUAACGGAUGGAAUUAUUUAAAUUUCGUGAUUGAAGAAUUAAAAGAUCCUAUACGAAACCUGCCAAGGGCGAUUGCAAUAUCAUGCAUACUCGUCACCGUCGUGUACGUCUUCACUAAUAUAGCUUUUUAUACAACUUUGUCGCCUCAAGAAGUCCUGACUUCGGAAGCUGUAGCUGUUACUUUUGCGGAAAGACUGUACGGUUCAAUGGCAUGGACGAUUCCUUUGUUUGUUGCUUUAUCUACAUUUGGUGCUGUAAAUGGUAUUCUACUGACAAGUUCAAGAUUAUUCUACGCCGGAGCUUGCGAGGGACAAAUGCCACAGAUCCUGACCAUGAUCCAAAUCAAUCGACUGACACCAACACCAGCAGUCAUAUGCAUAUGUUUGCUGUCUCUGAUAUACUUGCAAAUAUCUAACAUUUACGCUCUUAUUAAUUAUGUAGGAUUUGCGACAUGGUUAAGCAUCGGUGUGUCGGUUUUGUGUAUACCCGUGCUGCGUUUUACUCAACCAGAUUUGAAGAGACCGAUCAAAGUCAAUAUGUUCUUCCCUGUCAUCUACAUCGCCGCCACGCUUUUCGUAACCAUAAUACCGAUAAUCGCUAGUCCGGUCGAAACAGGAUAUGGUUGUUUAAUGAUAUUGACCAGUAUACCGGUGUACGGUGUGUUCAUUUUUUGGAAAAACAAACCCAUGAUAUUCCACAAAAUUGUUGGGUGUUUAACACGUUACCUUCAAAUACUUCUAAUGGUGACCACAUCAAAAACGCCAGCCAAAGUUUAAAACGCAAACACUUUAUGAUAAUCAUCAAAAAUAUACUAUCGAAAAAUAAUAUUAAUGUAUCAAUAAUACCUAAUAAUUUUAAUAAUCAUAACAACAGUACCAACAAUUUGAUAUGCGUGUUAUACCUAAUAUAUAAUGUAGGUACCUAUUUUAAAAGUAUACCUAAGACUAAGCAGCAAUAUAAAAUACAAUGACAAUGUUACUUACAUUCACACAACAUGUGAAUAUAUAAAGUGACAUUUAAAAGAUUUUUAUGUUUCAUAUAUUAAGUUUUAACACUGAUGUAAUGUUACCUGUCUAAAAUAUUACUGAAAAUGUUAAUAAUGUUUAUGAAGGUAUUACACGAUUAUUACUUAGGUACCUAUCUAUAUUUAUAUAAAGGCUAAAGUGAUUUUAAUACURCUGUUUUUUWAAAUUAAAUUGAUAGGUAUUAUAAAAAUAUUAAUAAUAUAUUAACGUACCUAUUGUUUUUUAAUUUGUAUACCAAAUACCAAAUCAGUAUUCAUAAAUGACAAUAAUUAAUUAUUCAUAAUAAUGAAAAUUGACCAUAAAAGUAAGAACUUAUUAUAUAUAUAUUAUUAUUACCUAUAUUUUUAUGAUUUUCUUGAGAUUUUGAAUUACGCUUAAAUGGUUGUAAAUUUGUAAUAAAUUAACGAUGCAUAAAGAUUUUGAACCAUAAACCUUAUACUACUGCACAAGAACUGUGCCUAACAAUAGCAUCACGAACGGAGAUAAAACAUCUCGCAGUGAUGUAGGCUGUCUUUACGAAAAAAGACAGUGAUGCAGUAUGACGAAAAAGUACGAUAAUCCAGGAUAAAAUACAUUUAUAAUGCAAUAAUCUAUUUAUCCAUAAAUCUUUAUAUAUCUUACCUUAAUACCCAGCACUACCGUUCAAAAAGUACCUACUGUUUUGCCGUUAUACAUACAUGACUGUCUGUUAUUAUUUGUGUAGCAGUAUAAUGUCUAUGAUUUAAAAAUUAUUUAGCUAUGUAAGUGCAAAUACCUAUAAGAGAUACAUCAAAUUGUUAAAUAUUUAACUAAACAAUUUCUACAAAACCUAUAUAAAAAAAAAAUUAU